AUCGAAAUGAUCAAGGAAUAUGAUUAUCUGUUUAAGUUAGUGAUCGUGGGCAACUCAGGAGUUGGCAAAUCUUCUCUGCUCCUCAGAUUUUCGGAUGACACCUUUAGUGAUUCCUAUUUAACUACAAUCGGUGUAGAUUUUAGAUUUAAAACUCUCGAAAUAGAUGGCAAAAAGGUUAAACUCCAAAUCUGGGACACUGCUGGUCAAGAGAGAUUUAGAACCAUUACCAGUGCGUAUUACAAAGUAUCCUAUAAAAUAUGAAAUAAGGGUGCUGAUGGCAUCGUGUUGGUCUAUGAUGUGUCCUCCCUGGCUACCUUUGAGGAUAUCGACAAAUUUUGGAUCAAUGAGGUGGAUUCGUAUGCUGAAAAAAAUGUUGAAUUAUUAUUGCUGGGAAACAAAAGUGACAUCGAAGAAAAAGUGUAAUUGCCCAUCUCCUCUAUUAUAGAGUAACUACCCAAAAGGCCUUAGACUAUGCUGGCAUACGGAGAAUGGCACACAUGGAAGUAAGUGCCAAGACUGCUGAUCAAGUGUCUAAAGCCUUCCUCAAUUUAGCUAGAAAAUUGAUUGCCAAAAAGGAUUCUCAAGGAUAAAAAGGCACAGGGUAUCAAUUUUCUGAAUAUUCCAAGGCCUCAAAAGACUCAGCAAACACCCAACUAGAAAAUUGGAUAGCAGAGUGAAGAGAAUAAAAAAGAUAAAGAAGGAUGCUGUUGAAU